UGACAAACAGGUUUUAAGUGACCAACGCUGAUGGAAUGAGUUAAUCAGUCCUCCAACGUACUUGUUUGAGAUCAUAUGUACACACUAACUCUAACAAUGAAGACUGUGUCACUCCUAUUUAUCGUUCUUGCGUCCUGCGUUUGCUUUAGCUAUUGUAAAGAUCUUAUUGUGGGAACGAGUUUUAACCAUAGAUUGAUAUGGCAGGAAAAGGCGGAGUACAACGCUAUCCCGCUUAAAAAACGAGUCAAGGAAGUAUUCUUUGCUGAUCCCGGACAACAAAAAAUAAUGGGUAUCAUUGCAAGAGACUUAGACCAUACCGAUGCCAUUGCUACCAUCACUGCCGGUGGAGUCGGCGAGUCGUACGCAAACAUUCGAUUAAAAAGCGACAGAGGAUCUGGUCUGAACUACCAAAUCGAAAUUUACGUAUAAAAUAACUGUAUAAUAAUAGAUGUGAGAAAAUACUAACUAUUUAACUUAGCUUUUUCCACAUUAAAUUAUCUUCAAUUUAAACAUGAAACAUAUUUUUUAAAAGUAAGCCAAAAAAUAUGUAAGGGUAUAUUUGUAAGAAAACAUAAUAUAUAAAUAAAAAAUGUCAAUUUAAAACGUGUCAAUAUUUAUCAUAUUUAACUAUUACCAUAAACUAACUGACCCAUCAGAUAUUUUUCUGGUUUCCAAACUGUAAAACACAUGAAGUUUAAAAAGUUAGUUAAAAUUUCUAAAAUUAUCUAAUUGUCUUCAAUUUUUUUUUUAUAUUUGAGGAGGUUUUCAAUUCGACUGUUUCUUUGGGUAUGUUAGUUACCUCGCAACUUUUUGCAAGGUAGGUGUACCGAUUUUGAUAUAAUUUAUUUUUAUUUGAAAGCAAAUGCUUGUCAUGUAGGUCCAUUUAAAUGAAAGCGAGAUCUGAUGAAUAGUUUUUCAAUUGUCCCUAAGAAUGCGUAUUUAAUUGACUUCGAUUGCCUUCGUUGAUGAUGUUAUCAUUUUACUACAUGCCGAUGUAAAUUUAAGUCGUUUUUUUUUUUGUUUGAAAACAAACAAUUAUUUUGUUCCUGAAGCAUGUUUCCGAAACUAGUAGAAAACAAUAAUAUCUAUAUAUUAAUAACAAAAUAAAAAAGACGUAUAGAAUCGGUAAACUCUCAAGUUGUGGCGUAAUUACGGGAAAUAGGGAUUAGAUUUUAUAUAGCUAUAAUAUUGGAAACAUAUAUUGUAACUAAUCAUUGACUUUGAUAAUAUAAUAAAGGGCUAUAUUUGGAUACUCUUACUAAUCUGAAUGUAACCUUUUGUAAUCAAUCACCUUCAAAAUCAUCAAAUAAAAUAUAAUCCAGUUUAGUACCUACUGUAUACUAAUAACAUAAUACCGAUAUGUCUCUAGAAGUAAUUUAUCUAUCAGAGAGCCUGUUUCUCACAGAAAGUUACUCAUGCUUAUUUUAUAAGGAGUACUAUUUCUGUCUAUCUACCAGACAGGAAGCCGCCAGUUUGUUUAUUACGAUACACCGGUAUCGCAACUAAGAUGGACCGGGAUAUGGACUGAAUUUCGCCACAAAAUAAUAUUUAAAUCUUACUAAAACGAGUAAAUAAAUAUAUAUUUUUUUGAACUUGGUACUAUUUUUUUUCUCAUAUUAGGUAUAUAUUCAUAUAUUUGAUCAAAUAGAAAAAGUGUUUACAAUUUCCUUUAAUAUGAUAUUUCUAAACAGUACAAAAGGUAGCGAUUUCAAUAAAAGAAAUAAGCUACUAAAAGAGAUUAGUUAGAUUAACUAAAACUAAGUCAUGCUCAUUACCUGGCAAACCACAAAAGUUGAAAUGAAACUACGAACAACAUUUAGUUGUUUGUCAUCUUAUAGUUUUUCUUCGAUUGCGACUUACGUGACUUAUAAUUAUCACAAAUGUACUAAUAACACGUUAAGUAAUAUUGCAUAAUUUAAUAUUAUAUUAAUAUAAUGCAUAUUUUA